GUCAAUUUAGACAUUAAAUAUUACAUUAGUUUAAAAUAAAAAAAACAUUAGGUACCUAAAUAUUAACUUUUAAAUCAUGACGUCGAUAUUGUGUCAAAUGAUUAACAUCAAUAAAAUGUCAAGAAUUAGCUCACUUAUUACUUGUAAACAAUUUUUAAGUACUAAAGUUGAUAAUCCAAUUCAAUCGCAUAUAGAAAAGUUAGUAAAAGGUAACAAAAUUGUUGUCUUCAUGAAAGGUGUUCCACAAGCUCCUAGAUGUGGCUUUAGUAAUGCAGUUGUUGAUAUUUUAAAUAUUCACAAAGCCAAAUUUGAAGCUCAUGAUGUACUGAUGGAUGAAAGUCUUAGAAAUGGAAUAAAAGAAUACUCAAAUUGGCCUACAAUUCCUCAAGUUUUUAUAGAUGGAGAAUUCAUUGGUGGUUGUGAUAUUAUGUUGGAAUUACAUAGGUCAGGUGAACUAGAUAAAAUACUAGAAAAUAUCACUCAAGAAAAACCUGUAGCAUAAAUUGAUUAAAGUGCUAUGAAAUAAUUUAUGAAUAAUGUAGUUUCAUACUUAUUGAAUAACCAAUAAAAGAGUAAAAUAAAUUGUUAUAAAUUAAUACACGUAUAAUUUUAACUAAA